CCACGGCCGCCCGCUCCCGUGUGCUCCCCCGGGGACGGCAGAGGAGCUCGGGGUGUGUGUCACUGUCCCUGCAGGGAGGACCUGUGGGUGCGAGAGGGGAAGAUCCUCAACCCGGAGAAACUCUUCUUUGAUGAGAAGGGCUCUGCCGACAUCCAGCUGGACUGCAAGGACAGCAUCAUCGCCCCGGGCUUCAUCGACGUCCAGAUCAAUGGAGGCUUUGGGGUGGACUUCUCCCUGGCUACAGACGACUUCAAAUCAGGGAUUGACCUGGUCAGUCAGAAAAUCCUCUCCCAUGGAGUGACCUCCUUCUGUCCCACCCUGGUGACCUCUCCUCCAUCUGUGUAUCACCAGGUUCUCCCUCAGAUCAGUAUAAGAGACGGUGGAGCCCACGGAGCAGGUAUCCUGGGGGCCCAUCUGGAAGGACCGUUCAUCAGCAAGGAGAAGAAAGGGGCGCACCCAGAGCACUGCCUCCGCACCUUCGAGGCAGGUGCCUUCCAGGACCUGCUUGCCACCUAUGGGUCGCUGGACUGUGUCCGGAUAGUCACCCUGGCCCCCGAGAUGAAGAGGAGCGGCGAGGUGAUCCGGGAACUCACCACGCGGGGCAUCUGUGUCUCACUCGGUCACUCGGUGGCCAAUCUCUCCCAGGCUGAGGAGGCUGUGCAGCACGGCGCUACCUUCAUCACGCACCUCUUCAAUGCCAUGUUGCCGUUCCACCACCGCGACCCCGGGAGGUGGGGGGGAGCUGCAGCAAGGUCAGCGGCAAAGCUAACGCAGCCUCUUCCCUCGCGUUCCUCAGGCCUGGUGCUGGUGACGGAUGCGAUCGCUGGCAUGGGGCUGGCCCCAGGCCGGCACACGCUGGGUCAGCAGGUGGUGGAGAUCGAUGGGCUGAACACCUACAUUGCAGGCACGAAGACCCUGAGCGGCAGCGUGGCGACCAUGGACACGUGUGUGCGACACUUCCAGGAAGCCACAGGGUGCUCGGUAGAGACCGCGUUGGAGGCAGCGUCUCUGCAUCCCGCCCAGCUCCUGGGGAUUGAACACAAAAAAGGGACACUAGAUUAUGACUCCGACGCAGAUUUCCUGAUGCUGAAUGAUGGGCUGUACGUGCAAGCCACCUACAUCGCGGGUGAGGAAGUCUGGAGGCAGGCUGCGUCGGGCCUGUGACGCGGGGCUGUCCUGGUGCCCUCCGAGGCUCCCUGGCACUGUGGUUAGCAGCUUUGGUAACCACCCCACUUCUCUUUUUUAUUUUUUUUUUUUCCCCCCCUUUUUUUUUUUCAAUUCCUUCCUGCAACUCCCUUAAAGGAGCCUCAUACCAAAGAGCUGCGUUUUUCAGCACAAACGCUGCUUCCAGUUACAGCCAUGCCUGCAACAAAUUUGUUGGUGCUCAGUUGGUGGAGUGGGGCAAGCAGGCAGAUCUGUGCUGGGGGGGAUCGUCAGUCCCCAGAGUGACCUGCAGGACUGCACAGCUGCCCUGCCUGGAGUCCCCAGAGGUGCUCCUGUCCCCUCGCACACCGUGUGGAGCUGUCACAGCACACACGAACCUGCCCCACGCCCCGGGCAGGCUCAAGCCAUUUCCAUUCCUCUGCCUGCUCUUU